GGCUCGAGGCAGCGACAGAUGGCGGGCUCCUCUUCCCCCGGGAAGGCAAUCUCUGCGAAUGCGAGCGCGUGUCAAUCACCCGCUCUCAUGUGAUGGCUGCUGCCAGUGACGUGCCCGCCAUAUGGCCUGGCAUCAGAGCUGGUACGUAACCCUGCCUACUAGCGAUGCGAUGCCACAACGUCUUCGAGCACGACCGGGAGAAGGAUAGCUAGCACACGCACCGGACAGAGCUCGCGCACAACUGGAAAGGCUUGUGUGUACACUUUGCUCACACUCAACCGCGCCUACUCUUCACCACCGGAGCGUCCAGGAGGUGUGUGUGUGUCCCAAAGAUGAUGUAAACAAGCGAGCUCUCGCCCCCCACUCAGUACUACGACGAAGGGUCGCCAUGCUGACGAGGUUAUUCAACGAGCAGGCUCUUCUGCCCGACGUCCAGAAGUUCCCGGGCUGGAUGGACGACAGCGCCAGUGACGAUUCCAAAACCAAGGACGACGAGCACGAGCAGUGUCCGCUGGGGGACGAUGAUAUGAAAGGCAGCAGUCGCGCGCUCUCAGAGAUCACCGGCGAUGAUGAUGAUGAUGACGAUGAUGAGGAGGAAGAGAUGGACGAGGAGGACUGCGGGGAUGACGUGGACGGCGACAAGCCCAAGAGGCGCGGGCCUAAAAAGAGGAAGAUGACUCCCGAGCGCAUAGAACGGUCCAAGGUGCGCCGCUCCAAAGCGAACGCGCGCGAGCGCACGCGCAUGCACGACCUGAACUCCGCCCUGGAUAACCUGCGGAAGGUGGUGCCGUGCUACUCCAAAACGCAAAAACUCUCAAAGAUAGAGACGCUCAGACUCGCCAGGAACUACAUAUGGACCCUCGGGGAGAUUCUGCGGAACGGAAAGAGACCGGACGUGGUGUCGUACGUCCAGACGCUGUGCAAGGGCCUCUCCCAGCCCACGACCAACCUGGUGGCGGGCUGUCUGCAGAUCAACUCGCGGAACUUCCUGACAGAGCAGUGUCAGGAGGGCGCGCGCUUCCACAUGCCCAACCCCGCCUUUUCCUUGCACGGGUUCCCGUACCAGUGUCCCCGGUUGUCCAGUCCCCAGUGCCCUACCGGCUCCGGUGGGCCCGCGCUGCGGAAUCACUCCUACUGCUCCUCGUAUGACGGCAUGUAUCCCGGGGGAGCGUCGCCAGACUACAACAGUCCCGACUACGAGGGUCAUCACAGCCCUCCGGUGUGUGUUAACGGCAACUUUUCACACAGACAGCAGGAGCCCGUGUCGCCAAACGCGGAGAGGAGCUACCACUAUUCUAUGCACUACUCAGGCCUGGCGGGGGCGCGCGCUACUCCCGCCCAUGGCCUGUCGUACAGCUCGGGAGCGCGCAGCGCUGGUGGGUCGCAUUCUGAAAAUGUUCCACCGUUCCAUGACGUCCACGGGAGCAGUGAGCGAGCACCUGUGUACGAGGAACUAAACGCAUUUUUCCACACCUAGUGCACUACCCCCCCCCCCUCUCCUCCUCCAAACUAUGGAAAUUUACCACAAUUAUUUUAAGGCUGGAUAUGCCGCCAAGGCCCAAGACAAUCUAACAAUGUGCAGAGGGGGCAUGAUUCUUCUGUUUGUAUUCUGAGAAAAAAAAAAGAUGGCAAUUGGUAUUCUACAUUGUGGGUUAUUUUCCCUAGUGCUAUGUAUUAAGUCCUAUGCCAUGCAACGGCCAAUUACAGUAAAAUAUCAGAAGUGGGUCUAAAACGAGGAAAAGUGCAAUGGUUCUAAUAAUGCAAAUGUUUUACGUGUAAAAAGAGUGUUACAUGUAAUGAAACCUUAAUAUAAAAUAAAUCCAUGAACGUUUCUUUUCA